AUUGAUCUCACAUGGUGUUUUCAAGGAUCCAAACUGGGUACAAGCUUUUGCUGUUAAAUCACAAUGCUGAUAAAAAUUAAUUGCUUCUGGUUAGUUAUUUAUUUGCAAUAAAUUGGAAGCAGCUUCUUGGCACAGACCCACAAUGUGUGUGCAUUGAGGUGGAGCUCAGCCACUGGGAGUACAAUCACUUCUGGUGCAGGACCCCAGGCAGCACUUGGCUAAGAUGAAAUUUGAGGAUAUUUUCAGUGAUGUCGGUGGCUUCGGACGGUUCCAGCUGAUAAUCCUGCUUCUGGCUUGUGCCCCACGGCUCAUUCUACCCUGGCACUUUCUACUUCACAACUUCCUGUCUGCUGUGCCUUCUCAUCACUGCCACCUAACAGCCCCGGACUCACUCAAUCUGACCCAUCAGGACAGGCUACUGGCUGUUAUCCCCGCGGACAAGGAUGGCUCCCUCAGCUCCUGUAAGAUGUACUCAGUGCCACGGCUUCAUCUCAUCAAUAUGACCCUUGGUGAAUAUAACCAGUCCACAGUCAUCAGCUGCCCAGAUGGCUGGGAUUAUGAUCAAUCACAAUUCACAUCAACGUUAGCAACUGAGUGGGAUCUGGUGUGUGAGAAACGGAGCUUGAACCAGGCGGCCACCAGCAUUUUCUUCAUCGGAGUGAUGUUGGGAGCUCUGCUGUUUGGCUACUUAUCAGACAAGUUUGGCCGCAGGAAAACCCUUCUCCUUGCCUUCCUGUUCACAAUGGUAGCGGGGACUUUGGCCUCCUUCUCGACCUCGUAUCCAAUGUUUGUUGUGUUCAGGAUGCUCUGUGGCAUCGGUUUAACUGGGAUUUCUAUCAUCUCCAUCACGCUGUCUGUCGAGUGGACCGAUGUGGAACAUCGAACCUCAAUGGCCAUCAUUCCCAGUCCAAUGUGGAGUGUUGGUAAUGUGCUGCUGGCUCUCAUUGCAUAUUUCGUCAGGGACUGGCGCUGGCUCCUCUUUGCGGUGACAAGUCCAUGCCUGGUCAUUGGAGCCUUAUGCUGGUGGAUCCCAGAAUCUGCCAGGUGGCUCCUGGCUAAUGGCAAAACUAAAGAGGCCCAGGUGAGCCUGCAGAAAUGUGCCAGAGUGAACCAGCGGCUUGGGAGUGACCUUGGAUUAUCUAGUGAGCAAGGCGACCAGAAUUGA